AUGGCACCCCAGACACUCCCUUUUAGGGAUGUCAAUUUGCACGCGUCACCCUCCCACUAUGCGUUCACUUCACCCUCCUCGCCCCAGGCUCCAACCCUCGUGAUCGACCGGCCAACGGGCGACUUGCGUCUGAAUGAUGGACCACUGCCAGGCGCUAAGCGAAUUUCCAGCAUUGCUGGAAUUCUAGGCAUCAUUAAAUUGAAGCUCGACAAGUAUAUCAUUGUCAUCACCAAAGCUCAACCCAUGGGACGACUACGUGGUCAUAUGGUGUAUAAAGUUGCCUCUACCGAGUUUCUUCCAAUCCGCGAACGGCCUCUUCAUGACAAAGAUGAAGAUACCUACCUUGCCCUGAUCAAAGAAUUGCUUCGCACAGGUCCCAUGUACUUCUCCUAUUCGCUGGACAUCACGAACAGUUUCCAGCGGCAAUCACAAAGCUCACCCGAAGUUCCUCUAUGGAAGCGCGCAGACGAUCGAUUCUUCUGGAACCGAUUCAUUCAGUCCGACCUGAUUGAUUUCAGCCUUGGAGAGAAUAACUCAAAUGGGAUUCGCUAUGGACCUCAGCCCGGCGCAGACCCUUACAUUCUUCCAGUCAUGUUUGGCAUGAUGCGCAUCACUCCCGCUCGAGUCAAAGGGACUAGCUUCACAUUUGCGCUCAUCACACGACGAUCCCGACACCGGGCUGGCACGAGAUACUUUUCCCGUGGAAUUGACGAGCAAGGCCACGUCUCGAAUUACAAUGAGACGGAGCAGGUGGUAAUACUGAAUGAUACUGCGGGAAGUCUGUCGGGUUAUGCCCCCGGACAAUCCAUGGUAAAUGGCAAGACUGGUCAAGAUCUCCAGGUCUACUCAUUUGUCCAGACUCGGGGCAGUGUGCCGGUGUUUUGGGCCGAGGUCAACAACUUGAAAUACACGCCCAAGCUUCAGGUUCGAGGCGUUGAAACGGCGUUAGAGGCAGCUCGCAAGCACUUUACCGAGCAAAUACGCUUGUAUGGUGAAAACUAUAUGGUCAAUCUGGUCAAUCAAAAAGGCCGAGAGGAACGCGUGAAGAAUGCAUACGAGCAGCUGGUUCGUUUCCUCGUUUCAUCCACCGUUGAGGGGAGAGAAGCCGAUGACAAGACCUCCGAGAAAGUCCACGUUCUGGAGCCAGGUUUGAAGCAGAAAGAAAUGGAUCGACUCCAUUACGUGUACUUCGACUUCCACAACGAAACCAAGGGCCUUAAAUGGCACCGGGCUGAGCUUCUGAUGGAUCGACUGAAUGACGGUCUUAAUCAAGGUGGUUUCUUCAGGGGAGUUGAGAAUCCAGGUGCCCCUGGUGGACAACUAGAGAUCCGAUCAACACAAACGAGUGUGGUGCGCACCAACUGUAUGGAUUGUCUGGAUCGUACAAACGUUGUGCAGAGUAUGCUCGGCCGCUGGGCACUGACUAGACAACUCAUGGACGCCGGCGUCCUUCAACCUGGCGAAAAUGCCAACGAUGACCGCGAGUUUGAGAACCUAUUCCGCAACAUCUGGGCAGACAAUGCGGAUGUUGUCUCUAAGUCUUACUCUGGUACCGGCGCCUUGAAGACCGACUUUACGCGGACCGGCAAGCGUACUCGGGCGGGGGCUCUUCAGGAUUUGAGCAAUUCGAUCACUCGUUACGUGCGCAACAACUUCUUGGAUGGGCCACGUCAGGAUGGGUUCGAUGUGUUCUUGGGCACAUACCUUCCAUCCAAUACCUCCUUCGCAAACAUCCAAUUAUUUAUCGACCGACGUCCUCUGGUCAUCCAGGCCGUGCCGUAUAUUCUCGCAGCCAGUCUGUUUAUGGUCUUGGUUGCCACUUUCACAAGGCGCUUACCCGACGCGGCAGUAUGGCCCCUUCGAAUCUUCACAAUUGUCUGGGUUAUUAUCGGAGCCUACUGCUUACGCUUCAUCAAUCGUCAUGGCAUGCUUUACGUAAACUGGCCGAAGCUGAACACUCCAGUCGCCGGUGCAGAGGGCUACCAAGAUGCUCUAAUCAAGGCUCGCUCCGAUCCCCUCAUUGGGCAAUGGCUCCCGUCCAGGCGACAUCAACGAGGUAUCAGCAACGCUCGUCUCGUCUUCCUUGAGGAGGGCAAGACUCGAAUUGAGUGA